GAUCUUACUCAGCUUAAGAGGACGGAGAUUGAGAGAGAUCGCCUUCCUUUUAAUUAGCACCCUUCAUUGAUCCGCGAAUAAUAUGAUGAUGAUGGAGCAGCGCGUUUCUUUCUCAAAAUGAAUUGCCGCGUCCGACUUGGAGUCGGACUCCACCUCCGCCCCGACUUUCACCUCUUCUAGCAGUAAUUUUUGGCAAUGCUCUUCCUCUACUUAUAUUCCCUCACCGCCCGUCCUCCGUUCCUUCCAUAGCAUAUAGAGCGCGCAUCGCAUUGGAGCGAAGCAAGAAGCAGAAGCAGCAGGAGCCGCGUUGCGACGGCGGCAGCGACCAUGGUGAUGCCGGAGCCGGAGGGCAACAAGACCACGAAGAAGCAGGUCAUAGAGAUCCGCUUCAUCGAGGACGAGGAGAUCCGCUUCAUCGAGAACGAGGAGCGCAAGGCCGAGUUGCUCGAGAAGGCGUCCGAGCUCAGCCAGCUCUGCGGCGCGCACGCCGCCGUAGUCAUCUUCUCCAAGAAGCAGGAGCUGCCCCAGCAGGGCGGCAAUGUCAGGUAUCUACUUGUGCUAUACUAUGGGCUUUCUCAAUAUGGGCUCAACUCAAGCUGGCCCAUGAAAGAGAUGACUAUAUCAACUAGCAGCAGAAGUAAUGGAAGCUAGGAAGAAAUAUUCAGACACAUAUAUCAUCUCCUUCCUCAACCUCUGGUUACUCUCUCCCUCCUCAAGACUCCGGUGUAUCUCUGAUUGCUUCCAGUACCUAGAACUUGCUGAUCUCCUCCCGUUUUUCCCUACUUGCUGCCUUCCCAAACUCUAUUCCCUUCAGUUUGUAUCAGACUCUACUGUGCUCGUACUUUCUCUAAUCUGUUAAUCGAUCUCGUGUUCCCGGUUGCUAACAAUUGGUACUCAGAGCUGUUCAAUCCCUGGGGUUUUUGCGAUGGAGAUGGAUUGGGAGAUUCGUGCUAGCAGUUGGAGCAACAUGCAGUCGAAUUUGGGCAAAAGCAUCACCCACGAGGAGGACGCCUACAAGGUGUUCGAUCAAAUGUUAACAAGCGAGUCUGACGACCUGAGGCGACCAAACCGCAUCCUCAAGGUUACUAUCCACAAGGCAACGAGGCGGGCAUGGCCGGCGGCGGCGGGAACGUGUUCGCUUUCGCUAUGGGCGCGCCCUCCGUCGACCACGUCGUCCGCCGCUUCGCCCCGCUCCCCGGCGACGCGUACCUCCCGGCGCUGGAUGACGUGGAGGCGACGGUGCGGCGGGCGGAGGAGACCAAGGCGCGCGUGGCCGCGGGGGUGGCGCGUAUGAGCGCCAUCGGGGCCAAGGUGCUCACUGCCGUCCCGGCGGGCAGCGAGCGGUUCUGGUGGGAGGCCGAUGUGGAGGCGCUCGGGGAGGCGGAGCUGCCGGAGUUCGCUAGGGCGCUCCAGCGGCUCAGGGACCACGUGCGGCGCCACGCCGACAAGCUGCAAGCCUGCAACCCUCUGCCGCGCCGGCCGGCACAGACGGGGCAGGGCAGCCUCAAGCUAGCCUGAAUGCCUGAUGAUUCUUCGUCACUACCGUUUACUAGCUUGUAAUUUGAAUUUUGCAGAGGAUCCUAGAAAUUAGAAAACUACCAGCUUCGUUCAUUUUACGCUUAUUGUUUAGGAUCUUUGCAAGAGAGGUUGAAAGAGUAUUUAACUUUUUACGUAACAGAUGGUACCUUCUCAUAUAA